AUGAUGUGGCGUAAUGGUUUGAAACAUUCUUAUCGCUCGAUUAAUUCCAAUGGUAUCAUAGUCAGCGAUUUUAUCGAUGAAAUCAGUCCAAUAGAAGUUAUUGUUAAACGAUAUUGUCAAGGAACUGAUAAAAAUUCAUAUUAUGAUAUUUUAGAAAAUGAAAAUAUUGUUUUACCCAAUAGCAACGGAGAAUAUUUAUGUGGUCCCUAUGUUAGAUUGGAUUGGAGAAAUCCAAAUCAUAUAUCACCAAAGACAAGAAAAUCCUUGAAUGAAAAUCCAUAUUAUUAUAUAUAUGAACAAGCUAUUGGUAAAGAAGAGUUUUUUAACAAAAUCUUAGCUAAUAAAUCAUAUGCUAUACCAUUUGGUGAUAAAAAUAUCACUGAAGAUCUCGUAACUCAUUUGAUUGAUGUUAAACAAACAAAAUUAUCUGCAUUAAAAAUGUUUAUGAUUAUUCAAUCAUAUUUUUCUCAAGUAAAUUUAUUGAUAAAAGAUGUCUGUUUUAUGGUUGAUAAAAAUGGUGAAAAGUUUUGGAGUGAAGUCAAUCAAGAUUGUAUGCGAAUAACAGCCAUAGAUAGUAAUCAAAAUAAAUUUGAUAAAGACAUAUGGCGAGCAGGUGGAUCAGCAUCACGAGAACAAAUCUUACAGAAAUGGAAUGCUUUUAAUAGAAUACUUAUUGAAUAUUUUAUGAAAAAUAAAUUUCAUCAAACAGAACUUUUAACCUAUAAUUCUUACUUUUAUACAGACGAGAUUGAAAAAUUAUUAAAGAAUACACAGUUAAGAAUUCCAACUAAUUUACAAGAAUUAUGGCUGACGAUACGGGGUAAAAAUCCUAGAUCUGUUCUUGUGACAAUGGAUAUGUUUAAUGGACAACCAGUUUUAGUUAAAAGUUCACAAGUAUGUGAAGUUCAUAGUGAUGGUGAAUAUGGGCAAGCUAUGGAAAAACUUAGUAUUUUUCCGGACAUAUUAAUUGUUGAUUUAAACGGUGCUUUUGGUGAAACAGAUACAAAAAAUCGACAGAUCAUCAAAAAAUUAGCGCAGAAACAUCAUAUUUAUAUGGGAGGUGGUUUAAGAUCAUUAACUGAUGUUGAAGAUAUGCUCAAAUCAAGCGUUCGUCGAUGUGUUGUGGCUAGUGCUGAUGAUGUAUUGAUUACGAAGAUACCCAAAGAACGUUUAGUUGUCGAAAUAAGUACUAAUGAACAAAAUGAAGUACUUAUUCAUGGUCGUCAAACAAAUACUCAUGUGAAUAUAAUUACAAAAAUCAAUCAACUGAUUCAGAUCGGUGUCAAUGUUAUUAGUAUAACAUUUGUUCAAAGCGAAGGACACUUAUCAGGAAUACCUCGGCAACAAAUUCGAGACCUUCUUAUACAAAUACCUCAAAAUAUUAAGAGAAUCUAUAUUGCUGGUGGAAUAAGUACAUUGGAUGAUUUAGAAUAUCUAUGGUCAUUUGAUCGUGUUGUUCCACAACUUGGAUCUGCAAUUUGGAAAAACAAAUUAACCAUUGGUAGUAUAUUCAAUAGUAUGAUCAAUUUUAAUAAUAAUGGAACGGUAUCAGCUAUCAUUCAAGAUGUGAAUGGACCAGUCAAAGGUUUAUGCUAUAUGAAUCGUGAAUCAAUUGAACAAACGUGUCAACAUAGAAAACUAUAUAGAUAUUCGAGAAAAUUAGGGAGAGUUAUAAUGAAAGGUGAAACAUCUGGUGAUGUUCAACAUAUUAUUCAAAUUAGUUUAGAUUGUGAUUCAGAUGCCAUGUUAAUAACAGUUGAUUCAAAAAAACCAUUUUGCCAUACAGGUAAUCAUAGUUGUUUUUGUAUACAAACAAGUAUCAAAGCAAAUUUAGCUACAUUGGCUGAACAUAUUAAAUCGAAAAUAAACGAUGAUAGUUAUACAGGCAUAAUGCAAAGAAAUCCACAAUUAGCUCUUGCUAAAGUCAUGGAAGAAUUUUGGGAAGUGAUAGCGAGUCAUCAAGAUUAUCAAGUUUCUGAAUGUAGUGAUUUAUUUGUUCAUCUUGUUAUGUAUCUGAAUGGAAUUGGUGUAACAAUGGAAGAUAUUUUUAAUGAAUUGAAUGCACGACGAUGGGCACCUAAAAUAUGUAGUAAACAAAAUGAAAUAUCCGAUAAAAAAUCUAAAGAAAUUAUCAUUGCAAUAACUACAUCGAAAUAUACUGAUAAAACAGAUCGAUUUGCUGAAGAACAAUUGGGAAUUAAAAUAAUUCGACAAUCAGGUAGAAGCCUAUGCAUUAAAGGAGAUAUUGCCGAUCGAAAUAAAUUUUGUAAAUAUUUCGAUCACGAUGAAAAUGUUAAAUUAUCACUUUUUCCAAGUAAACCAAAAGAUAUGCCAUGGUUAUUAGCAUCAAAACGCGUUACACAUCUUAUUACGUUUGAAACAGUAGUUAAAAAUUAUCCAACAGUAUACACCGUUCUUCAUGAAGCUGCUGAUCCAAACAUUUGUCUUGCUCUAUUAUGUCGCAAAGGUGCGUGUAUAGAACCAGAAAAAUGGACACACCAAAAUAAACCAUUAAUUGCUGCUGAACAUGUUAGUCAUGUGACAAGAUUUUUUGAACAAAUCAAUAUAAAUCCCUCCACAUACCACUUAGAUAGAGUUACAGGAUCAUCGGAAGGAUAUUUAGUGAAUACGGAUCUAUAUUUACUAGCUGAUGCUAUUGUAGAAAGUGGAAGAACUCUUGAAGAAAAUAACUUAGAAAUAUGGAAUGUUAUUAUACCAAAAGGACAAAUACACAUUGCACUUUAUGGGCGGUGUAAUUAA